UAUAUAUAUAUAUUUAUAUAUAUCGUUACACCUACUUAGUGAAAUUGCGAGACUUAAUACUGCUCCUUAUUUAGGUACACUUUUGGAGUAAGUCGAACUUGAAUCUAUUUACUUUUUGCAAGACCUAGACACAGGGCUUUGUGCUUUUGGAAUAUGGCUGAAGCAAAGAAAAAUAAUGUUACGAUAAAAGUUGGGAUGAUCGGAGACAGUUCAAUUGGCAAAACCUCGUUAAUGGUUACAUAUGUUCAAGGAUCGUUUGACGAAGAAAGUACUCAGACUUUAGGGGUCAAUUUUAUGGAGAAAACGAUCAGUAUUCGAAACACAGAUAUUACCUUCUCAAUUUGGGAUUUGGGUGGUCAACGAGAGUUUGUGAAUAUGCUUCCUAUGGUUUGCAAUGAUGCUGUCGCUAUUUUGUUUAUGUUUGAUUUGUCUAGAAAGUCUACUCUGAAUUCGAUAAAAGAAUGGUACCGUCAAGCCCGUGGCUUCAAUAAGACUGCUGUACCUAUCCUUAUAGGCACAAAAUACGAUCAUUUUAUGAAGUUUCCUCGGGAAGAUCAAGAGGAAAUAACAAAGCAGGCUCGUCGAUAUGCCAAAGCUAUGAAAGCAAGUUUAAUCUUUUGUUCGACAUCUCAUUCUAUUAACGUUCAAAAAAUAUUUAAAAUUGUCCUUGCUAAAGUUUUUGAUUUGAAAUGUACGAUUCCCGAAAUUAAGAAUAUCGGGGAUCCAAUUUUGGAAUACGUCGACCAUUAGCUUAAUUCUUUGGUCUUUUUUUACGUCUAAUUUCAUCACCAUAUAUCCCUCAGUUAUUUAUACUCAUUCGUUUUUUGUCUUCAUAAUCUUUAUAUCAUCCUACUUCUCAGUCAUGGCAACAAAAAUAAAAAAAUAUUCGACCCGA